UCGAUAUAUUGCCACGUUGCGGUCGACAAACAGACCCUUCUUCCAGUAACAAAAUUAAACCAGAGACAGGUUCGGAACUUGGCUGAGGAGAUAGAGAGAAAGAAAGAGUAGUCAAAAUGUCGUCGUUUUUGCAGUCAUUUCUGGAUCCGAAGAAGAGCUGGUUGGCAGCUAUGCACAUGAAAUCCCUUUCCAAACGCCUCCGCAGAUACGGCCUUCGCUACGACGAUCUAUACGAUCCUCUCUACGAUCUGGAUAUCAAGGAGGCGCUGAAUCGGCUGCCCCGUGAGAUCGUCGAUGCUCGUAACCAACGCCUUAAGCGUGCAUUGGACCUCUCCUUGAAGCACAAGUAUCUCACCGAAGAUCUUCAGAAAAUGCAGACACCAUUUAGGAGCUAUCUUCAAGAUAUGCUUGCUCUGGUGAAGAAGGAGAGAGCAGAGCGUGAAGCUUUGGGAGCUCUACCUCUUUAUCAGCGAACCAUUCCUUGAGGCUUUCAGAGUCUCUUAUAGCUGCCGCUGUUGAAAUUUGUCUUCAAAUGAAUUGUAUGUCUUAUCAUGCUUUGUUAGCAGCAGUGAACGUGAAUUUUGCCUUUCCUAGUUGGUUGGUUAUGCAAUGAUUGGUGUUAGUUUUCGAAUGGAAUCAAUGCUUGGGUGUAGUCUGUUUGCAAUGUCCCAAUAAGAUGUAAAACUGUGAACUGCAUUUUAUGCUUGAAUGCUAGCAAUUCUAAAAUAAACGGCCUUAUUAUCUAAA